AUGUAUUUCACUCCACCUCCUAUCGAGAUUCCCUUAUCCUAUGAGUCCUUUCCAACACAACACAUCAAACUCUCACAUUAUCCUGUGGGCUCAGCGAAUGCAACACCUGUCGUUAUCGUUACGCUCAACAGACCCGAAAAGCGCAAUGCCUUUACGAUGGCCAUGGCCGAGGACCUAGAGAGGGUCUUCGGCCUGUUCGACCGCGACGAGCGCGUGAGGGUUGUCGUUUUAACGGGCGCUGGCAAUACGUUCUGCGCUGGCGCGGAUCUGGAGAUUGGGUUUAAGGCAUUGGAGGAGAGGUCGAGGGAGCAUAGGGACAGUGGUGGUCGCGUAGCAAUCGCAAUCCACAGAUGUCGUAAGCCCACUAUCGCUGCUAUGCAAGGCUCAGCUGUUGGAGUUGGUAUGACCAUGGUUCUCCCAGCUGCAAUCAGGAUCGCACACGAAUCAAGCAAGUACGGCUUCGUCUUUGCUCGCCGUGGCAUUACUAUGGAGUCUUGCUCCUCGUAUUUUCUCCCCCGGCUAAUCGGCCACUCGCGUGCCAACUACCUCGUCUCAACGGGCGCCGUUUACCCGUCCACAUCUCCUCAUUUCGGGGGCCUCUUUGCAGAGACGAUGCCGGAGCAGAGUCAGGCAGCAGCGCUAAAUCGGGAGCUUAUGUGGAGGGGACCUGAGAGUGCGGAGGAGGCUCAUUUGUUGGAGUCCGAGGUUAUCUAUCAUCGGUUUACGUCGCCGGACCAGAAAGAAGGUGUUACGGCGUUCUUUGAGAAGAGAAAGCCGAACUUUGUUGGGGAUGUGAAUAAGAGCUUGCCGGCGACUUAUCCGUGGUGGUCAGACGUUAAUAUUGAUCCUCCGAGCAGUGUUAAGUCGAAGCUGUAG